AACUUGAGGAGAAAAACACACACCGCUUUUUGUUUCUCCUGCAGACACACACUCAGCAGAGGGCUCUCCUGCUCCAGCUGUUUUUACUCGACGGAAAGUUCAGACUUUGCUCCGACUCUCUCCUGAGUUUCUACACUUUUUUAAAAAGCUUUGCAAACUUCCACCGACUUGAAGCAGACAUGAGUUUCGUUGACGUGAAAAACCUGGAGCCAACUAGUUUUGAAAACCAGUAUUACGAUGAAUACGAAUAUUACAACCUGUCGGACAAAUAUACAAGUGGCGCUGCUCGGAAAGGCAGGACAAAGAAGGAGGCCAGUGAAAACACCAACAGACCAAACCCCGCUGGACAUGAGCGCAAGAUAGUGGAGAAACUCCAAAACAGCGAGAAGAAAGCCAAGGAAUGAGAGCUGAGGGCAAAUCGGACGGCUAACCUGGAAACCGACCAUGGCCGCCUUGGCGACAGAACGAGAUGGGCAGACGGCACGAGGUUAACGUUGAGGAGGAGGCACGCGGCCUCGCCGGUGUGACGCUGCGGCUCCAGAGAGGGACAGCACCGUCCCAGGACCCGGCCGGGGUGUUUGGGACAGCACACUGUGCGGCUCCGCUGCCUGAGGUGUUUUUUUUUUAAACCACAAUGUAAACCCCCUCACCUGUGGUGUGUUUGUCAGCGGUCUUGAUGGCCUUUUUAAAGCACGUGUGGCGCACCUUGACUGGUGAUGGUGGCAGCUCUUGUCUCUCCAUGUUUUAAGUCUUAGAUGACAUGCUUUUCAAUAGAUUUUUUUUAAAGCAAAGAGUAUUGUUUGAAAUAAAAACAAAACAAAUUAAGACUGA